CGACACGCGCCCUUGACUUCCUCUUCACUGCGCGAGCCUGAGCGAAACAGGCACUUAAAAGCCGCCAUGCCCGUUGCCAGGAGCUGGGUUUGUCGCAAGACUUAUGUUACCCCCCGCCGUCCCUUCGAGAAGUCUCGUCUCGACCAGGAGUUGAAACUCAUCGGCGAGUACGGACUGAGGAACAAGCGUGAGGUGUGGAGGGUCAAGUUCACCCUGGCCAAGAUUCGUAAAGCCGCCAGAGAGCUGCUCACUCUGGACGAGAAAGACCCCAAGCGUCUGUUUGAAGGCAAUGCCUUGCUCAGACGUCUGGUGAGGAUCGGGGUGCUGGAUGAGGGGAAGAUGAAGCUGGAUUACAUCCUGGGCCUGAAGGUGGAGGACUUCCUGGAGCGGAGGCUGCAGACUCAGGUUUUCAAGCUGGGACUGGCCAAGAGUAUCCACCACGCCCGCGUCCUCAUCCGCCAGAGGCACAUCCGCGUGCGCAAGCAGGUGGUGAACAUCCCGUCCUUCGUGGUCCGCCUGGACAGCCAGAAGCACAUCGACUUCUCGCUCAGGUCCCCCUACGGCGGCGGACGUCCGGGCCGCGUCAAGAGGAAGAACAGCAAGAAGGGCCAGGGCGGUGCUGGUGGAGCUGAUGACGAGGAGGAAGAUUAAGAAGGAUGUAGUUUCCAGGAGACUUGUGUACUUCCUGUUCUGUCAAGUGAUCAAUAAAUGCUUGGCCUACAAA